AUGAAGAUCAUGCUCAUUGUAUUUGUUCUCAUCCUUUGGACUGAAACACUGACAUAUCAGAGCCCAGGGCCAGGCCCUGAGUAUGCCGAUGUGGUGUUUCUGGUGGAUAGCUCCAACCACUUGGGAAUUAAAUCCUUCCCAUUUGUGAAGGUGUUCAUCAACAAGAUGAUCAGCAACCUCCCCAUAGAGGCCCACAAGUACCGUGUGGGCCUGGCCCAGUACAGCGAUGGGCUCCACGGAGAAUUCCAGCACACCUUCAAGAACAGAGGACCCAUGUUGAACCACCUCAAGAAGAACUUCAGGUUCCUGGGCGGUUCCUUGUGGAUUGGGAAUGCUCUCCAGGAGGUGCACACGACCUACUUUUCAAACGGGAGGGACAGGAGACAGUUUACUCCAAUCCUGGUGGUCUUGGCUUCAGCUGAGUCCGAGGAUGCCAUAGAAGUGUCCUCCAAGGUGCUGCGCAGCGAUGGGGUGAGGAUCAUCUCAGUGGGGAUGCAGGGGAUACCUGAGGAGACUCUGAAGGACAUGGCCACAGGCCAGUUCCACUACAGCCUCCAGACGGUCCAAGAUCUCAGCAUGUUCUCCCAAAACGUGAUGCAGAUUCUCAAGGAUGCAGCUCAGUACAAGGAGGAAGCAGUCCACUCUCAUACAGUAGUCCCCUUCCCCAGUGCCUGUCAGAAAGAUUCGCUUGCCGACCUCAUGCUCCUGGUGGAUGAGUCUGUUGGGACCAAACAGAAUCUAAGGAACCUGCAGAAAUUCCUGAAGAAUAUCACCUCCUCCAUGGAUAUGAAAGACGACUGCCUGUGGCUUGGUCUUAUGAGCUACAGUGACAGAGUUCAGGCUUUUUCUCUUCUGAGCUCAAGCACAACCCAAUCUGAAUUUCAGAAGCAAAUCCAGAAGCUUUCUCUGCGGGCUGGGAAAUCCACUGCUGGUGCUGCCAUUGAGAAGAUGAGUAGAGAAGGCUUCUCAGUAUCAAGUGGCAGUGGAAGGGCACAGGGAGUGCCCUAGAUUGCAGUCCUGGUCGCUGACAGACCAUCAGAUGACAAGGUGCAUGAGGCUGCACUGGAUCUCUGGAUGGAGGAUGUAACUGUGUUUGCUAUGGGCAUCCAAGGGGCCAACAAGACCCAGUUAGAAGAAAUAGUGUCUUACCCUCCAAGACAGACCAUCUCCAUGAUGAAGUCCUAUGCAGACUUGGAAAUUUACAGUAAGAACUUCUUGAAAAGGCUCCAGAAUGAAAUGUGGUCCCAAAUUUCAACUCAUGCUGAACAAAUGGAACUUGAUAAAACUGGCUGUGUAGAUACAAAAGAGGCUGAUCUCUAUUUCCUCAUUGAUGGCUCAAGCAGCAUUCAGAAUAAACACUUUGAGCAAAUCAAGGAAUUUAUGUUGGCGGUGAUAGAGAUGUUUAGCAUCUGCCCAGACAAAGUCCGAGUUGGAGCUGUGCAGUAUUCCCACGAGAAGGAAGUGGAAUUUGAUAUCAGUGACUAUCCUAAUGAUGUGACAUUAAGAAAGGCUGUUUCUAACAUCAAGCAACUUGGAGGCAGAACUCUUACUGGGGCAGCCCUGGAUUUCAUUCUGCCACUAAUAAGGAAGGGGAGGAAGCAGAAGAUGAGCGAGGUACCCUGCUACCUCAUUGUGUUGACUGAUGGGAUGUCCACGGAUGGUGUCCUGGAACCUGCUGAGAGACUAAGUGCUGAACACAUCACCAUCCACGUGGUCGGCAUUGGUGAGGCUAACAGAACACAACUGCAACAGAUUGCUGGGACAGAGGAAAGGCUUAACUUUGGGCAGAAAUUUGAUUCUUUAAAAGGCAUCAAAAAUGAAGUUGUUCACAGUAUCUGCACUGAGAAAUGAUGUGAAUACAUGAAGGUCGAUAUCAUGUUUCUGGUGGAUGGUUCUAGCAGUAUAGGAUCUGAAAAUUUUGGGAAAAUGAAAACCUUCAUGUAAAACCUGUUAGCUGAGGUUCAGAUUGGCCCAGACAAAACCCGGAUUGGUAUCAUUCAAUUCAGUGAUUAUAAGAGGGAAGAAUUCCAGCUCGAUAAAUACUAUACACAAAAAGAAAUUUCUGAUGCAAUAAACAGAAUGUCUCCCAUCAGCCAAAACGCUUUUACUGGAAGUGCACUAACCUUUUUGGAUCCAUACUUCACUGAGCCCAAGGGGGGCCGUUCAAUGGUCAAAAAGUUUCUCAUCCUCAUCACUGAUGGAGAAGCCCAAGAUGAUGUGAUAGACCCUGCAAAAUCUCUUUGGGACAAAGGUGUGGUCAUCUUCUCUGUGGGGGUGUAUGGGGCCAAUAGAGCUCAGCUGGAGGAGAUCAGUGGGGACGGCAGCCUGGUCUUCCAAGUUGAGAACUUCGAUGAUCUAAAGGCAAUAGAGAGUAAACUCAUCUUCCGCGUGUGUGCUCUUCAUGAUUGUAAAAGGAUUAGACAGUUAGACAUUGUGUUUGUGCUGGACCAUUCAGGCAGCAUCCUUCCCCAAGACCAAGAAAGCAUGAUCAACGUCACUAUCCAUUUGGUGAAGAAAUCAGAUGUUGGCCCGGACAGAGUUCAGUUUGGAGCACUCAGAUACUCGGAUCAUCCUGAGGUUCUCUUCUACCUCAAUACGUACUCAAACAGAUCAGCCAUCAUCGAGCAUCUGAGGAGGCCCAGGGACACGGAAGGGAAUACCUUCACUGCCAGGACUCUGCAGCAUGCAAACAACAUGUUCAUGGAGGAACAUGGCAGCCGUCUCAAACAAAACGUGAAGCAGAUGCUGAUCAUCAUCACAGAUGGGGUAUCCCAUGACCGAAAUCAGCUCAAUGACAUGGCUUCAAAAUUAAGAGCCAAAGGCAUCAUCAUCUAUGCAGUGGGUGUAGGAAAGGCUGACCAAGAAGAACUGGAGACUAUGGUGGGGAAUAAAAGCUAUACUAUCCACGUCAGUAAUUUCAACAAACUGAAAGAUAUUUACCUGCCUCUGCAAGAUAGUAUGUGUACCAAUGCACAAGAGGUCUGUAACAUUCAAGAAGCCAACGUGAUUUUCUUUUGUGAUGGCUCUGACAUGGUAUCUGAUUCAGACUUUGUUACCAUGACAGCUUUCUUGUCAGACUUAAUUGAUAAUUUUGACAUUCAGUCUCAACGGAUGAAAAUUGGGAUAGCACAAUUUGGGAGCCACUACCAAGAAAUUAUUGAGUUGCAAAACUCUCUGACUAAAACCCAUUGGAAGUGAAUUCAAACUAUUACGAAGAGCAACGGGCUUCCACGAAUGGACUUGGCCCUGAAACAAGUGAGCGUUAUGUUUGAGCAAUCCGCUGGUGGGAGAAGGAAGGCUGGUGUCCCUCAGACUUUGGUGGUUAUCACAUCUGGGGGUCCCCGCUAUGAUGUGGCAGAAGCAGCGAAGACUCUGAGAGAAGGCGGCAUUUGCAUUCUGGCUUUGGGCAUAGGAGAUGUUUAUAAGGAACAGCUCUUGUCGAUAACGGGCAAUUCUGAAAAAAUCAUCACUUUUAAAGACUUUGAUAAACUAAAGAAUGUGGAUGUGAAAAAAAGAAUGGUCCGUGAAAUCUGCCAGAGUUGAGGGAAAACCAACUGCUUUCUGGACAUAGUGGUCAGCUUCGACAUUUCCACUCAACUGCUGGGGCAGUCAUUGUUCCAUGGCCACCCCCGGCUGGAAUCAUACCUCCCAGGUAUCUUAGAGGACAUUACUUCCCUCAGGGGUGUGAGCUGCAGGGCAGGCACAGAGGUACAGGUGAGUGUGGCCUUUAAGGUGAACAGUGACCAGAAUUUCCCCGCCAAGUUCCAAAUCUACCAGGAAACAAUAUUUGACAGCCUACUGCAAGUCACUGUCAACGGGCCAACUCACCUGAAUGCACAGUUCGUGCAGUCCAUGUGGGACACGUUUAAGGAUACCUCUGCAUCCCGAGGCCAGGUAUUACUCAUCUUUUCAGAUGGUCUUGGGGGUGAAAGCAAAAUAAUGCUUGAAGAUAAAUCGGACAGGCUCAGAGAAGCAGGACUUGAUGCUUUGCUGGUGGUUUCCCUAAACUCAACCUCUCAUGAUGAGAUUUCCAGCUUUGAAUUUGGAAAAGGAUUUGAUUACAGGAUUCACCUGACCAUUGGAAUGAGAGAAUUGGGCAAUAUGGUAUCAUAGUAUCUGGGAAACAUUGUGGAGAGGACUUGCUGCUGUACGUUUUGCAAGUGUUCACAGACUCCAGGACCUCAAGGGAUCCGAGGAUCACAAGUCUUAAAGGGUUUUCCAGGUCUGAAAGGCAGCAGAGGACACAAGGGAGAGGAGGGAGACCCUGGAAGACAAGGAGACACUGGACCCCAAGGAAGUAGAGGGAUUGCAGGAUGUCCAGGGGAGUGGGGUCGAAAGGGAGCCAAAGGAUUUGCUGGAUAUAAGGGAGAACAUGGAAACGAUGGGAUUGAUGGACUCUAUGGGGAAGAGGGCUUUCAUGGGCUUCCUGGGAAAAAGGGAGAAAAGGGUGAUCCAGGAUCCCAGGGCAGCCCAGGUUCCAGAGGCCCUCCUGUGGGAUAUGGAGAGAAGGGCUUCCCUGGGGAUUCUGGUAAUCCAGGACAAAGCAAUAACAUCAAAGGACAAAAGGGCUCCAAAGGAAAACAAGGAAGACAAGGUAGAACCAGCCCGAAAGAGACACAAGGCAGUCCUAGUUCCAGAGGGAGCAGUUAAAGAGAAGGCCAGAGGGGCAUCCAGGGUGCCUUGGGGGAACCAGGGAACCCUGGACUUAAAGGUACAUCAGGAGCCGAAGGAUUACAAGGACCAAAGGGGUCAAAUGGACUUCGCGUCAGGAAAAGAGAGAAGGGAAACCAGGGGCACAAAGGGCCUCAGGGUGCUCGUGGGCCAGUGGGAGAUAAAGGGAGUGUUGGAAGGCCUGGACUUUUGGGGAAAAAGGGAGAACCUGGAAUUCCUGGAGAUCCAGGGCCACUGGGGCAAGCUGGACAGCAAGGAAAACAGGGUGAUUAUGGCAUUCCGGGCUAUGGUCCUAUGGGACGAAAAGGAGUAAAGGGCCGAAGAGGAUUCCUUGGAGAUAUGGGUCAAAAGGAUGUUGUUGGUGAUCCUGGAAUUCCUGGGGGGCCUGGACCCAAAGGAUAUAGGGGACUAACACUCACUGUAGGCUUGAAAGGUGAGGAAGGCUCUCAAGGACCCCAAGGCCCUCCUGGACGGAGAAUUCUGGAGCUCUCCCUGGAGGUCCCAUAUCCUUCUGCUCUUGUGUUUGGCCAUGCUGAAAAAUGUCCAGUGUAUACAACAGAGCUAGUAUUUGCCCUGGACAAGUCCUACGAUAUCACAGAGCAGAGAUUUAAUGAAACGAGGGACAUCAUCAUUUCUAUUGUCAAUGACCUUCACAUCAGGGAAAAUAAUUGCCCUGUGGGAGCAAGAGUUGUGGUUUCCUUCGACUCAGGCACCAGCUACCUCAUCAGUGGGUCUGACUACCAUAGCAAGAAGCAACUCCUUCAGCUUCUUUCCCAAAUUAAAUAUCAAAACUCCAGGGAAGUCCGAGACAUUGGUAACUCGAUGAAGUUUGUGGCUCGGAACAUAUUCAAGCGUAUGUUAGCAGGAGCCAAUGUGCAGAGAGUUGCUGUGUUUUUUAGCAAUGGACAAUCUGUCAGUAGGUCAUCCAUCAUCAUGGCCACCAUGGAGUUUAGCGCCCUGGAUAUCAGCCCUGCAGUCUUUGCUUUUAAUGAAAGGAUUUCCCUUGAGGAGGCUUUUGGGUUUGAUAACACGGGAACAUUUCAGGUGCUUCCUGUUCCUCCAAAUGGGGAAUAUGAACCAUUAGAAAGACUUCGGCACUGUACUCUUUGCUAUGAUAAAUGUUUUCCAAAUACUUGCAAGAAAGAGAUUUUCUUACCAGAAAAUUCAUACAUGGAUGUCACCUUCCUCUUAGACAAUUCUAGGAAUAUAACAAGUGAUGAGUUUAAGGAUGUCAAAGACUUGGUGAGCUCAAUGCUUGACAACUUUGAUAUUGACUCAGACCCUGUAACCUCAGACUCUGGUGAUAGGAUUGCCUUGUUGAGCUACUCUCCUUGGGAUGGGAGGAAGAAGGAUGUGGUAAAAACAGAGUUUGAGUUUACAACUUAUGACAAUCAAGCUCUAAUGAAGAGGCACAUCCAGACUUACCUCCAACAGCUAAAUGGAGUCACCAUUGGCCAUGCCCUACUGUGGACUGUGGAGGAUCUCUUCCCAGGAACAUCCAAACUGAGAAAACAUAGGGUCAUCUUUGUAGUCUCCGCUGGAGAAAAUCAUGAGAGAAAGGAAUUCUUAAAGAAGAUGGCUCUGAGGGACAAGUGUCAAGGCUAUGUCAUAUUUGUGAUUUCUCUGGGCUCUACACAUAAGGAGGACAUGGAGGAGCUAGCCAGCCACCCACUUGAUCACCAUCUGAUACAGCUUGGGAGAAUUCAUAAACCAAACCUGGAUUACAUUGUGAAGUUUUUAAAGCCAUUUGUGUACUCAGUGAGACGAGGAUUCAAUCAGUACCCACCACUGAUGCUUGAGAACAUCUGCAGACUCAUCAAUUCAAAGGAAGAGGAUAAUCGAAAUAAUGGCUAUAAAUUUACCCCUGAGCCACAUGAGAUUUCUUCAGGAGAGAACAGCUUCAUUGGCCAGGAACUGAGUGUGGGCAGAGAUUCAUCUUUUGUGUUGGAAGACAGUGGAAGUGACCAUCUGGCUUACAUUCCAAGCCAAAUGUUUAUGCCACAGAAAUUAACAACUAAAUAUGUAAAAGAUCAGGAUUCUGAAAAAAUUGCAAGUCUCGCUUCUGGACAGGAAAGCCAUGGCAGAAAAGAAGAACCAAGUCUUACUUAUGAACUCAGAGAUGCCUCUCCUCAAGAAUAUUACAUGGAUGUGGCUUUUCUCCUAGAUGCUUCCCAAAGAAUAGGAAAUGAUGAGUUUAAGGAAGUGAAAGCUUUUAUAACCUCAGUGCUUGAUUACUUUCACUUGGCCCCAGAUCCACUGACCUCCACCUUGGGAGACAGAGUGGCAGUCCUGACAUACUCUCCUCCAGGCUAUAUGCCCAACACAGAAGAAAGCCCCAUCUACCUAGAAUUUGAUUUGGUUACUUAUAACAAUAUACACCAAAUGAAACAUCAUCUCCAAGACUCCCUUCAACAGCUCAAUGGAGAUGUUUUUAUUGGCCAUGCCCUACAGUGGACAAUUGACAAUGUCUAUGUAGGAACCCCCAACCUGAGGAAAAACGAAGUUAUCUUUGUUAUAUCUGCGGGUGAAACCAACCCUUUAGACAGGGGAGUCUUAAGAAAUGUAUCUCGAGCCAAGUGUCAGGGCUACUCCAUAUUUGUGUUUUCCUUUGGUCCUCUACACAAUGACAAGGAAUUAGAAGAAUUAGCCAGACACCCACUGGAUCACCAGCUUGGCCGAACCCACAAGCCAGAUUUGAACUAUAUCGUCAAAUUUGUAAAGCCUUUUGUUCAUUCAAUCAGAUGUGCCAUCAACAAAUAUUCCCCUGCAGAUAUGAGACCCAAAUGUGUUAACAUCACCUCUCCCAACCCAGAAAAUGGUGGCACAGAAAAUAUUGUAUUGUGA